UUUAAACCACUGUCUCUCUCUCUCUCUCUUUGGUCUCAAGUCUCACAAUAACAAUAAUUUUAGUUAACCUAUAACUUAUAAAAUAACAAGAAAGAAACAAAUAUGUCUUCGAUGGGAGCAAACUACGCACAUCUACAAGUCAUGCAGAAGAAACAGAAGGAGAAGAUGAUGAAGAAGAAGUUGGAGAAGAGGAGAGAAGGCGGUGUAGACGGUGGUGAAGGCGGUGGUGUUUCUUCCGCCGGUAACAGAAUAUUUCCGGUUAAGUCUUCUCCGUCGUCCACGACUUUUGGAGUAGUAGAAAGACAAGAAUGAAUGAAUGAAUGACUGAAGUGUGGAGAUAUUUUCUUUUUUUUUUUCUAUUUUCAGUUGAAUUUAUGUGUCUUUUGUGUGUGAUUUGAUUUGAUGUGAUGUGAUAUAAGUGGUCCUCUUUUGUGUCUAGUCUUUUAAGUUACGUAAUUUGUGUUUCAUUUGUUUUAAUAUCAAAUUUGUAUCACAAUAAUUUGUAUAUUUUCGUACUUUUCAAUCAACAUGUUGUAAGAUAUUUCUGUAAUGACAAUCGUAAUUUUAAGAUAAUUUUUGUU